AAUAUUCUUUGUUAAAUUUGUGUUUUUUUUUGACGUUUUUUGUGAACAUUAGAUCGGAUAAAAUUUUGCAGGGUAUCGAGAACUACACAUUAUUUCAGAAAGUCUAGUUUAGCGAGGCGUCUUAAGGAGUGGCGAGGCAAUUUUGGGAAGGCGGUUAUAGUAAUAGGCGAUAUUUCAGGCCCGUAUCCCGUGGCCCGGGAUUUUAAGAUUUGGAUUUAUGUGUGGCAGUAAGACAAUCGAUGCGUAAAUUCAGUAAAAAAAAAAAAGAAAAAAAACGUGUAAAAUAUGAACGUGCGGCGGGCGGGCGGAUAGGCAGGAGCGGUGCGGGCAGGAGGCAAGGAGCGAAGUGUGUCCGGGGGCAGAGAGAGUGUGGAGCGGUGGCAGAAUUGCAAUUCUGUCAAGUGAAGAGUGUAGGAAGUGGAGUAGAGUAGGCCUAUGGGCCUUCGGGGGCGGCGAGGGGAGUGGGAGACUCACGGAGCGGCGCCAUCGCCGACGAACGGACGUUCGGUUGCCAUGGUUACGACGAGGUUCUAGCAGAUCGCGGCACUAGCUGCGAGUAGAGAACUUCAGUUCCCGCCAUUCGUUUGUACGUCGCGCACCUCACCCGGAUCACGUGUGUUUCAAUAGCAAGUAGCGCGUGCGACACUGAGUCCUGCCGCCCGAUCAGCUCGAUCCGCAACUUCCUGCUGCCACACGAACCCGGGCGCGCUAUCUAUCCACCAGGCCACUGGCUCGCACUCCUGCUAAAUACCGUCUAAUAUAAUCACUACGUGUUGUUAGUCCCCGCUAGCAGGACAAUUUACGAUUUUCAAUACAACCUCUCUCACAUACUUCUCCAGUCUAUUUACUGCUACGACAACCACCACGGCCAAAGCGGAAAACAUGGUAACCCGGACGAAAAAGAUAUUCGUUGGUGGGCUGUCAGCACCCACCACCCUCGAAGAUGUUAAAAGCUACUUCGAGCAGUUUGGACCGAUUGAAGAUGCGAUGCUGAUGUUUGAUAAACAGACAAAUAGACAUAGAGGUUUUGGAUUUGUCACUUUUCAAAGCGAAGAUGUCGUGGACAAAGUUUGCGAAAUACACUUCCACGAGAUUAACAACAAAAUGGUGGAGUGCAAGAAGGCCCAGCCGAAAGAGGUGAUGCUGCCCGCCAACCUGGCCAAAACGCGUGCAGCCGGUCGCGGCGCAUACGAUUUUAUGUGGUCACUUGGAGCUCUACCUGACGGUUUCCCCGCGGCGGCCUACGCCGCCUACGCGGCCGGUAGAGGUUACUCGGGCUACCCUAGUUUCGGACUGCCGUAUCCGACAGUGGAUCUAACCAACGGCCAGCUCACACCCAAUAACAAUACACCACUGUUGACUCAGGCCCUGUCAGGUUCUUCGGGCGGCAGUUGGGCGGCAGCGCAGCAUCAGUCGGGAGCCGACCAGUCCGCCUCGCAACCGCACUUCUCGGUUUCCUUUGCAGUGAUGAACAACUACCAAGCGGCAGCGGCCGCCGCCCAAGGCUUCGGACCGCCGGCAUCGCCGCACGCGGCCGCCGCGGCAGCGAACGCACGCAGCGGCUUCCCGGCCGCCAACUCACCAGGACCGGCCAUAGACAUGUACAACGGCUCGGCGGCGGACAGUGUCGGCUACGUACAGGCCGCCAGUCCCCAACCCUCGACGUUCCCCGCCAUCGCAGUCAGCCGGGCACCUCUAAACUACAGUCCGGGCCCCCUAAUCCCAGCCGCAUUCACAAACGGCUACCACUGAGUCGAAAGUGUGCGUCCACUCAACCUCGGCUCGACCCAGGGGCGGCAGCUGUGAUCCGCCAUCACAAAUAUGCACCUUGUACAUUCACUAUAUGUAUAAUAAUUAUUAAUAAUUAAAUUAAUAAUAAUAAUGAAAUAUAAUAAUAAUAAUAAUAAUAAUAAUAAUAAUAAUAAUGUAGCACCCCCGCGACUCAAAGCGGCUCUACUUGUUGUUGUACUGUUUGGUGUCAUCGACUCGCUUAUCUAAUGCUUCACGGAGGCCAACGAGUCUCCUCUUCAACUAUUUUCAUUUUUUUCUUCUUUAGUAAUGUUGCCACCACGUUAUCUCGAUCUGACAAAUUGACUGCUUAAACACUCCUGCUAACCAGUAUAUCUCAGGAUGUUUGGGCAGGAUUUGCUCCUCUUUACUCCUUUGCCUGUAAUCUACUUCUACUUUCCACUUUCCAACAUUUACAAAUUCUAGAACAAAUACAUAGUACCUCUUUAUGUAACACCACGGAAAGUUAAUUAAAAAAGUUUUUGUAUGUCAUUUUAUACAUGACCCCCAUAUAAUAAUAAUAAUAAUAUUAAUAAUAAUAGCAAAAUGUUUAAAGUCCUGGUAGUUAUAGCGUAGAGUGUACUGUCAAAACGUCUGACAUUGAGAUGAAAGUAUCUCUGCUGCCAAAGAUUCAAGGAUUCCUAUAUUUAAUAGAUUUUAAUUUACAAAGAAAAAUAUUAUUAAAUCUCUAUAUGUCCCGACUGUGUGCGAGUCGUUCCCCUUUCUACUCACCGGACCGCCUCGGGCACAUUCGGCACUCGAUGAAAGUAUUAAAUCAUUUGUUUUUUGAAUGUGAAAAACACGUGAUUCACGGAUUCGUUCUCAGUAACGACAUUAGACUUACACGGUCAGUCAAAAGUAGUUAUUAUUGUACAUGGUGUCAAUAUUGUUAGGAGUCAUCUCGGUCGGGUUAAGGAUUAUUUCACACCAGGGGCUAAUUCAGCCCGUCACCCUUUUGUCGUAAUUGAUGUCUUCGAAAUUGUUUCGAACCUGAUCCCUUAACCCACUGAGGGGUGUUAUUAAUUUUUUUUGUAAAUAAUUUAAGUUCAAACUCGUCGGCUUCCGUUGAAAUUUUCCCCAAACAUCACCAAACACAGGCACUAUUCGUUACAUCUUGUGUUGAUUACAUAUGAUAUAUUACAGGGUAUCUUAAAAUGGGAUACAUUAUCCUCAAAAUAUUAUUAUAUUUAAGGACCAAAAGGGUAAAUGCGACAACACAUAAAAACUUGCCGCAUUGCCUUGGUAUAUUAAUUUAGUUUGUUUUUAUUCAUUUUAAUUAUAUAUAGUUAAUGUGUUUUAUUUGAUCAUAGGUCUCUGCGCGGGGCCUUCGAACCGCUGACAGUCAAAUGCUGUGAGUUAGAAGCGAUUUAGGCAACUAGAAAGUUUAGUGUGAGUUUGUCCGCGGUUCGGAAGUCCGGCGCAAUUAUUUAAAUGGAGAAAUUACAAAUUAAUGGUAAGAUUUCUGUUGGUUAACAAAACACACAGAGCAUAAUUUGCGCGUAUUCAUGUAUACAAAACAAAAAAAACUAUUAAUUGUAUAAUUUUAGGGAUUUGUAUAUAAUUAUUAUUGUUAAAUGAAUUGGUGGUAUAGAAAAACCGGAGGAACCGCUUUUCAUAAUACGUGUAUAGCUUGAACAUGAAGUUAAGAUCGAAGUUUUAUAAUUUAUUCCAUAUGUGCGUGCUACAUAAUAGAACCGUAGAGGUAGUGUCUCUUUUAUAUAUAUAUAUAUAUAUGAAUAAAUACAUUUUUAUAGCGUCAACGUAAUGUUUGCACCACUUGUUCAGUGUAGUUGAUAUUCCUGUAAACAACUACUCCUACGUACAGUUUGUCUGAAUUUCACUUUCUGACAAGCUGUGCAGGCGUCAAGUUUUUCUAUCCCACUAUGAGUAGCUUAUAGUGUCCUCAUCGUACUCUUUUUAACUAUAGAUCUGUCUAAUUGUUAGAAUAGAUCAGAUCAUCUUAAUAUAUAUAUUAUAUAAAUGUUUCCUGUUAUAUUUGUGAAUAUUCUAUAUAGCGGAGGCAGAAUCGCCACACCCACGUGUAAAAGAAGUCAGAAUAACACGCCGAGACGCAUCACCGAAGGAUUAAUUGGCAGUUAGAAGUGGUAUUCUGAUUCCUUGCUUAAUUAUAAUGAAAAUUUAUUGUGAUUGCCAUCCAAAUUAUGGUGUACUAUUUAGUUAAUUUUCCUGUAUAAAGAAACGGCUGCGGCGGUCUUGUUUCCAGUUCUCCAUGUGAGUUAUAUGGUGUGUUAUUUUUUUAUUAUUGUUUUUAAGUUAUAAUAUUUCCGCCAUUCGGCUUGUUAAUAAAUAACCAUUGUUGUCCUAUAUGACUACAAAAUGCUUGUCUCAUCAGUACAAAAUAUCGAGGAUAUGAACUUAGUAAUGGAAUGAAAACCUAGCGGCCAAAGCUCAACACCCCACUCGAUCGGUAAGUUUUCAGUUGUUUUUGAUCAUUGGUAAUUCACAGUUAAGUAACAACGACGAAGUUUUUAAGCAAAAAUUAAAUCAUUAAGCUUCUUUAGUGUUCAAUAGAUUAAUUUUCGUGUAGUUGUUUUAGAACGAUAGGUUUAUUACGUGAGGAGAUUGUAUGUUGCAGCCAAUGUUUCCCCAACACCGCAAAUUAAUAUAUAUAUAAAUCAGUUUUGUUUUUCUAAGUAUUGUUCACACACUGCAGUUGGAGUUCUCUUUUAUUUUUUGUUCAUUGAUGGCAACAUACACAUUAGUAGCUAUACUCUUUCUGUGAAAGAUUAUUCGAAGUAAGAGUCUCUAAUGAGGUCCAGUCCGGUACUAGUAAUUUGAGCAACAACGAAAGCAUCACGAUUAUUUCCGUUCCCAUUUUAGAUGAACGAAUCGAUGGGUGUGGAGCUUUGGCGGCUGAUAAAAAUGGACAAUUGAGUAGAUAUUUUUAAUUGUAGUGGGUAGAACGUGUUUCCAUGAAAUGCGAAUUAUUUAUUAAAAACAAAAAAAAACGAGCCCCCCCAAGGGAGGCGGUUAAGAUGUUGACGGACAAAAGUAAACCAAAGCCUCUUGAUAGUACUUAUAGACGACAUUUUUUCCGAUUAAUUUGUUUUGAAAAUGGCCUACUGCAUUUAACUGAAUUAUGGCCCUCCAGAUGGAAACGUGGGUUGUGACGGCAUUCCGGGUUAUACAGAUGGCAGCUGGUUACUAAAUACGCUAAUUAUAUUAAAUGUCAAUUAAAACGUUUGUUCAGUUCCGUUUACUUUUGUGUGUCAAUCGGCGGUUUAUUAGAUUGAAAUGGCGGGAAAAAAUCUUCCGUCUGUUUUUGGUGAGUCUUGACCAAAGGUAUAAUAAUGUCAAUAUUAAUAUGUCAAUACAGUGACUUUUAGUUUUCCGUUCUUUCGUUUAAUGUUUCUUUGGUAAUGCCGAAAGUAUUUUUAAAAAUGUCAAUCCAGAGCAAUACGGUAAAUGUAGGUAGAUAAAAACCAAAAUAUAAAUAUGUUUCAUUUAUAUAUUUUGAUAUAUGUAAACUGUGUUAUUGCAUUAAUAAGUACUAGAUAAGUUUUAGAAAAAAAAAAGACAAAUAUUCAAGUCCUCAGAUCCGCAGCUGACGGCCCCCGACCGUGGCUAGUUUUAGUUAACUCCUAUCUCGUAAGUUACUUCAUUAACCUUAGUCUUAGCUCGAGAAACCCCGGUUUUUCGUUAAAAAAAGCAGCUGAAACCAAAAAUGAAUUGAAGGCCUAAUUUGAUCAACCCAAUGGGCCGGAGGCCGACGGCGGCUGCGGAACGGUCGUACUUUUGCCGAAGCUUUAGAAAUCAAGCAGCUAGACCGCGUUCGGGCGCAGUCGAACGGAUUCGUUCGUUCGAUCUUCGCACCGGAAACGUUCGAAAACUAAUUAAAAAAAAAAGAAUAUAAUUAAAACAAGAUUCGCGAUGAGGCAGCGCGCACCGACAACAUAUCAACGUGAGUCGCGGAUCGACGGAUUUUGCUCGGCUAAUAAAAAAUUGACGAAACACGCCAAAAGCUUCAGUUUUGAGAAUGAAAGGGGUGAACAAUGCUAAUGUGAAAAUGGCGUGGUGCUAUUCAAAUUGUAUAAAACAAAAAGAAAAUGAAAUUCCAUUGUUUUUAAUGAUACUAUUUUAUAACUGUUAGUGGGUGGAUAAAUUUUUUUAUAAUUUUAUAAAAUAUAUAUGUACUUAAUGUUUUUUAAAUUGCGGAAAAAUUGCUUCAUCUCUCGUUCUAUCUCAGGCAGGUACAAAGCGUCAGGUUUUAGCUAAGGACGAAAUUCGAUUGUAUAUAUUCUAAUUUGGUAGGGUGACUUCCGGUAGAUAAAUUAAUAAAUUUUAGAUAGGCGUAAACACCAAAUUCCUUAAGACUUUUAAAAUUAACUUAAACUUAAACAUUGUGAUUACGAACAAAGUAAAUAAAAUGAGAACAAGCGUUUAUAUUUUUCUGUGGUAAAAUGGAACAAAUUUUUAAUACUUAAGCUUUAAUUCCGUAAUAGAUGGAGUGAUUUUUCUGAUUUGUCGUUUAUUGAUUUGGCUUUUGGUGUGUUUUUUGAGUCACGUAGAGGUUUUUAGGUAAAUAAGAAUUCAUAGACGUUCGUCGUAAAAUGUAUUUUUUCCCAAACGGAAUAUUUACUCGACAAUAUUAACUCACAAUGUGAAAUUUUCAGUUGUAUGUUUAAAAAAAAACUGUUCGUGGGCCUUACUUAUAUACACUGAAAAUUGUAAUGUGCUGUCCAAAUUUUUUGAUUCUCUUUAAUUUUAACUUGCAAGCGUAUUGUAUAUUUUUAAAAGUGAAGGGGUGUGGGUAGUUUAGAUAAAUUUAAAAAAAAAAAUAUUAUUGGUACGCCCCUGAAUACCUUUCCCUAUUAUUGCGCACUGCGCAACUUUUGUUGUGUUAAUUUUCAUACGUAUUUUUAGGGUUACGUUAAUAAGUGUAUACAUGCUGUAUAUAUUGAUAUUAUGAUAUACAUAUAUAUACUCUAAUUUAAGCGGUAGCAAGUGGUCCGUGUGCCGCCACACUAUAUUAUGGCACUUCCCCCUGUCCUUGUGUUUGCAGUCCUUGAUCCAUCCGCUGACGGCCGCCUGACCGGCCGGAUCCGAGUCCGCUUACGAUAGUCUGUAGACGGUUUAGCUGUAGGACGGCCGGACUCGUAUCGGGCACGUUUGGAGGCCGUCGUUUCAGUGUUACGUAUUACAGCCAACUACGGCUUCUUGCAAUAAAUGAAUAAGCAAUAACCAUAUUCCUUCUGUGGACGCUUUCGACUUUUACAUUAAGAUAUAAUAUUAUUAAUUAUUGUAAGUACGUACUUUAAUGAACAAGAUUUUACACUAUGAUAAUAAAGAUGGCGAUGGAAUAUUGCUGUAAUAGAAUGAUUGUACAGAUAGAGAUUGUAACAUAAGAAUUAUGUUGUUUACACGGGCACUCGUUCGAUGUAGCAAGCCUGCGUGCGAAGUUGCCGAACGGGACCCGUUUGUAUGGAAUCCGGCAACCAUGCCGGAUUUUUCAUGUAUAUCUAUAACUACGCGUUCUACAAUGUACAUAUAUAUAAUUUAAAUUAAAAUGAUAUGACAAGGUUCACAACGUGCCGUGUGUAUGUGGGUAUAAAUAUAAUAUGGACAUUGUUCAAAACAUUAA